UUAUCAACUAAUUCUAUGAGUUCCUGACUUGAGAUGCUGUUUACCCUCAAUCCUCAUCAGCAUGUUCUCGUCCUCUACUUCCCCACUCAAACCCCUCCUCUUCAGUCUCUGCCUCUAGAACAUGGCCACGGCGGUCUCCCUUCCGUCCACAAAACAAACCCCAUUCACCAUCGCCUCUUCAACUCCUCAACAACAAUUCGCCAUAAUCAAGACCUCCUUCCUCCCCCCCACCCUUCCUUCCUCCACUUCCACCUCGUUGAGAAGCACCGUCAUCAACGUCCCGCCCAUCAUCACCACUAGAAGAACAAAACCCCCCUUCUUCUUCUUCUUCUUCUUCUUCUUCCCCAUGUCCUCCACCACCAAGAUCCCUCGGUGCCGGCCCCUCGACCGCCACGCUGCGAAGCACAGCAAGCUCCGCUUCGCCCGCAAGCUCAAGACCCUCCUCCUCUCCAAGCCCCGGCAGUUCCUCCCCCUCCGCGUCCUCUCCCGCUGCCGCCCCUACCUCGGCCUCCCCCCCUCCCGCUCCCUCCGCUCCAUGAUCCUCCGCUACCCCGCCCUAUUCCGCCUCUUCUACGCCCCCUCCCGCUCCUCCCCCACCUCCGAUUCCCUCCUCUCCGUCACCCUCACCCCCGCCGCCGCCGCCCUCGCCGCCGACGAGUCCCUCCUCCGCGCCCGUAUCGCCGCCUCCCUCGCCUCCAAGCUCCAGCGCCUCCUCAUGCUCUCCCCCCGCCGGCGCCUGCUCCUCUCCAAGCUCGUCCACCUCGCCUCCGACCUCGGCCUCCCUCCCGACUUCCGCUCCCGCCUCUGCAACCGCCACCCCGACCGCUUCCGCACCGUCGACACCUCCUAUGGCCGCGCCCUCGAGCUCGUCUCCUGGGACCCCUCCCUCGCCACUCCCCUCCCUCCCAUCCAAAACCCGGCCUCCGACCGAAUCAUCGACCGCACCCCCAGGUUCAAGCAGCUCCACCUCCGCCGGGGGCUCAACGUCAAGCGCCGCCACCGCGACUACCUCAUCCGCUUCCAGGAGCUACCGGAGGUCUCCCCCUACGCCGCCGCCUCCGCCGCCGACGAGGAGGAGGGGUUGCGGCAGCGGCGGACGGCUGAGGAGGAGGAGAAGAGGACGUGCGCGGUGGUGCGGGAGGUGCUGGGGAUGACGGUGGAGAAGCGGACGCUGGUGGACCACCUCACGCACUUCCGCAAGGAUUUCGGGCUGCCCAACCGAUUGCGGGCGAUGCUGGUGCGCCACCCGGAGCUGUUCUACGUGAGCUUGAAGGGGGUGCGGGACUCGGUGUUCCUCGUGGAGGCCUACGACCACAAGGGGAAGCUCCUGGUGGAGGACGAGCUGCUCGCAGAGAAGGAGCGUCUUUUGGAGCUGGUUCGGGAGGGGAAGAGGAUGCGGAGAGAGAGACGGAGAGACGUCAGCUACGGCGACGACAGUGACGACGGCGAUGAGGAGGAGGAGGAGGAGGAGGAGGACGGUGAGGAGGAAGAGGAUGAUGGAUUCGAGGACUUGUUCGAGUCUGGCAUUGGGGAUGACUGGGAGGAGUUUGGGGAUGGAAUUGAUGAGGAUAUUGGCGAUACGGAGGUUGAGCGGUUUUGGGUAAAGAAGGCGGCUGUUUCUGCUGAUGCCGAGAAGGUUGGCAUUGUGGAAGCUUGGUGAGUUAGCGCCUGCCUGUCACAAGGUGUUUGUUGAUUGGUCUCUUAGAAAUUUGUUUGUAUGAAUACUGAAUAACUUAUGUUUGUAUAAACACUGAAAUAAUAGAGAUACAGAGUGAGGAAAAUUAUAUAACAUUUUAUCUAACAACUUGUUGGGAAUGAAAAUUAGCCUCUAGUUGGAACUGA